GGCGCUCAGGAUAAUGACAAAUGUCAGCUGUAGAGGCGCUAGUGAGCAUAAUACGUAACUGUUUGAAACAGGGUUCCAUCAACCCUGGUCUUCCACCUGGUGUGGAGACCUAUAAGCCAGCGAGGAGGCCGAAUUGGAGGGAAGUAAGCGUAAUGAGUGGGAAAAGCCUGCUGCUGAAGGUGAUCCUCUUGGGAGAUGGCGGAGUGGGAAAAUCCUCCCUGAUGAACCGCUAUGUCACAGACCGUUUUGACUCCCAGUCCUUUCACACUAUUGGCGUGGAGUUCCUCAACCGGGACCUGGAGGUGGAUGGGCGCCUGGUUACUCUUCAGAUCUGGGACACAGCGGGCCAAGAGCGCUUCAAGUCGCUGCGCACACCGUUCUACCGAGGCGCCGAUUGCUGCCUGCUUACGUUCGCAGUGAAUGACCUGCAGAGCUUCCAGAAUCUAGGAUGCUGGAAGAAGGAGUUCAUGUACUACUCAGAUGUUAAGGAUCCUGAGCGGUUCCCUUUUGUGGUACUAGGUAACAAGGUAGACAUGGCGGAGAGGGAGGUGUGGGAGGAUGAGGCGCGGGCGUGGUGUGAAGAGAAUGGCUGCUGCCCUUACUUUGAGACCAGCGCUAAGGAUGACACAAAUGUCACGGCCGCAUUUGAGGCGGCUGUCAGGGAGGUUCUGGUUGCUGAGGACAAGAUAGACCAUGCUUUGCUGAGUAGUACCAUUGAUCUCCAUGGCAACCGCAAGAUCUCUCGUACAUCCUGCUGCUGAUUGGUUUGCUGUCACAUGAUCUGGUCUGAAUCUUCCCUUUUUUAAUGUAUUGGGCUGAAACUUGCCUGUGUUGGUUUUAAGAGCUGUUGAGAUAUUGUUUAUCACACACAUGUAGGUACACAAUGCUGCUUACAGUAUCCUUUUAAUAUUAUGUGGAUAACAUAGCUAUCCAGAGGCCUUGUGUCAUUGACUCAGCUGAUAUUCUGAUUGUUGAAUGACUGCGCCGACAAAGGUACCCACACACUGUAAGAGGCACAGUCAUUUCAUGGGUACUCUUCAGUGUUUGUAGGAAGUUGUCACUUUUACCCACUCUGAGCUUUGUCUGCCUACGCAGGGAUUGUAUCAAACAGUGGUUUCAAUAGUGCUAUUUU